GCCAUAUUGAUUUGCUGGCGAUGCCAGCUCUGUAUUGAGGUCAAAGUUGAAAGUUCGCGUCAAAUGUUGUUGUUGCAUGUACGGUGUGAAUGUGUGUCCUGGUUUAAAGGUGUAAAUUUGAUAUCACCUAAAACAAUGGGUUGUUAUCAAGUGACUUUGAUUUUACUUAUCAUUCUAAUGAUAUUCAUCAGCGUAUCAGCUGCUGAUAUCCAUCGUACAAAGACCACUUUACACAGAACUAAAAGUCGACGCGAUAGCAAUUCAGUACAGGGAGACGUGGCGAGCGAUUGGGACUCAACAAACGAAAACAUGCUUCUUGGACAUUUAACGUACGAGACGUGGUGCUAUUCACUUUUUUCAGCAGUGCUUGUGGGACUUAGUGGAAUAUUUCCAUUAUUAGUGAUUCCUAUUGAAGCAGGUCCAUCUCUGAAACACGGAGCUGCUGCAACCAGGUUAAAGUUAUUAUUAAGUUUUGCUGUUGGUGCGUUAUUAGGAGAUGUGUUUUUACAUUUACUGCCUGAAGCAUGGGGACAUCUUGAUAAAGAUAGUGGUCCUCAAGCCUAUACAAAUGUUGGAUUAUGGGUUAUAGCUGGUAUUUUAAUGUUUUUAAUUAUUGAAAAAACAUUUGGUGAGAAAGAUGAUGAUGAUGAUGAUGAUAAGGAUGAUGAUGAAGAUGAAAUAAAAGAAAUUCAGGAAAAAGAUAAAACGAAACAGAUAAAUAAUAGCCAUUCUUCCACAGAAACCUUACGUCAAAGAAAUCAUUUAGUUAAUGAUAAAAUUAUAAAAAAUAACAUACAAAUAAUACCUAGAACUAGACAGAGCAGUUUACAUAAAAUAGAAAAAAUCGCUGUUAGUGGUUAUUUAAAUUUAUUAGCCAAUGUGAUAGAUAAUUUUACACAUGGUCUAGCUGUAGGUGGUAGUUAUCUAGUCAGUAAAAAGGUUGGAUUAGUUACAACUUUAGCUAUAUUAUUACAUGAAAUUCCUCAUGAAAUUGGUGAUUUUGCUAUUUUAUUAAAAUCUGGAUUUAAUAGAUGGAGAGCAGCCAAAGCCCAGUUAUUAACAGCAUCAGGAGGUAUUCUUGGAGCUAUAACAGCUUUAUGUGCAGAAACACCAGAAGCAGCAGGUGAUAGAACUGCUUGGAUUUUACCAUUUACAUCUGGUGGAUUUUUAUAUAUAGCUUUAGUUACUGUAGUACCUGAUUUAUUACAAGAACGAAAAGGCCGAGAAUCAUUAAAGCAAGUUAUUAGCCUCAUCUGUGGAGUGUCAUCAAUGGUGAUGGUUACCUAUCUAUUUGAUUAGUAAACUAGUGCUGAAUUAGUCCUGAAUGAUGCCAGAGUUAAAACCACAAAGAUAUGUUGAAAACUCGUUCAUCAAGGCAUUUCUUAACAGACAUUAAUUUUUUUAAUGCAUUUAAAGAAUGUAACAGAUGCCCCUCCCCCUCCUCAAUCCCCCUAAAAAAAACAUUAAUAUCCAAUAUCAUUGCCAUAUUUGGGGUUAGGGGAGAGGUCUCUUUAACGCCCUUGUUUCGUUCAGACAUCAACCACAUACCCAAUAGUGCAAUUAACUGAUCACCAUUUUAAACCACAUGGUGAUAUGCUGCCCCCUCCCGUCCCAACCCAGCCUUCCAUUCUGUGGGAAAAUGAUGAAUAUGCCCUUGUUUAAUGUAUCUUGUUCUUAAGUAACUCUACUUUCAUUUUCCUAAUUUAUCAUGAAAGUGCUUAAAUAUGGUUGGCUGGUAAAAAAAACCCCAGGUAUGGCCACACUGAUUUGAUUUUCUGAUCUUCAGGAACACCUGUGAAAAAUGAUCCUCUUCAGGUAAAAGACUAAUUUAAAACCAAAGGUACUCGGUUGCAUUGUUUAAAAGCUUUUAGUUUCAAAUUAUUAAUUUUUGAAAUUUCAAACAAAACAUCUUUCACAUGAUUCAAGUGGCUAUUUAUGUAUCAAGGCCACGAAGAUAAAAAAAUCAAAUUGGUUUGGCCUAAAUACUGGUAAAAGUACAAAGUUUGUCCUCCGUUUUGUGGUCAUAACUAGUAAAAAUUCUAUUUAAUGGUAGACGAUUGAAUUGUUCAUAUUUUGUUUCUAUGAUAAUGCUGCAGAAAUAUAUGAAAAUGCAGAGACGUACAGAAAGGGUAAAGAAAAAUGCUAUAUUGGCAUUUUGACUGUUAUUUCUUCUUUUUUUUAACCGUUUAUGGGAAAACCUCCAAUAUCCAACCAUAAUAAGUGCUAUUGGUAUUUUUUAUUUUCAUGCGAUGUUCAUUCUAAAUAACCAUAAGUUUGUUUUUA